ACCGCGAUUGUGAGCCAGUAACGCUCAUUAAAAAAACGCAAGAAACGCGUUUUUUGCGUUUUUUUAAUGAGCGUUACUGGCUCACAAUCGCGGUUCCCUUUUGAGCGUUUAAACGCGUUUUUCCAAAUGUUUGUCUGCUUGGGUACUUAGCAAUCAGUCAAGUAUGUUCAUCUCAAAAAAUUCAUAAUUAAAGAUAGGUAACAAUGGUCUCUACGGCAGUUUGUUAUAUCACCCAGCGGUUUAAUAUCAUCGGUUUUUCACUUCUCUCAUUGUCUUUUAGAAAAUUUAUCUACAGUGUAGUAGCACUUUACAAAAACGAAUGUCGAAUCAACAUUGCCUUUGUUUAUUAUAUUCAAUUGUAAUUAUUGGUUUAUUAAUAAGAAAUGAUGGUAUUGAAUGUUAUACAGUUAAAAUGCCGACUGAUCUUGUUCUCAACUAUUCUAUGAAUGGUAAUACAGGUACACAUAAUCAAAGUAGUCGUCUCCCAGAUUUCCCAGACGAACGUACACUUACUGAGCCUUCUAUUGACAGCGAUUUUGAAGUAUUUGGAUUGAAUCUAUAUCGUGAAUUAACUAAAUUAAAACCUAAAGAAAACAUAUUUCUCUCGCCAGCUAGUAUUGCAAUUGCACUAAGCAUGACUACAGCUGGUACCAAUGGUACAACAUUAAAACAACUGAUGUCAGUAUUAAAUGUUCAAACAAUUGGUGAUAUGAAUGUACGAGCACAUAAAAUUGCUUCUUUAAUAAACUUGAGUGAUAGCAAAGAAAUGAAAUUAAAAUUAGCGAAUAAUAUUUUUAUUCAAAUUCAUUAUAAUAUUUCACAAAACUAUAAAAAAUUAUUAGAAGAUGAAUAUUUAUCAUCAAUAACAGCCAUUGACUAUGAAAAUAAACCGGAUGAAUCAAGAAAUGAAAUUAAUCAAUGGGUUGAACAACAGACGAAUAGUUUAAUAAAAGAUUUAAUAUCGCCAACUGACAUUACAUCGGCUACAAAAUUUAUACUCGUUAAUUGUAUUUAUUUUAAAGGUAAGCUUAGUUGA